UUUCAAUAUUUGAAUUCUCUCAGUAUUUUGUAGGUAAUUCGUGAAUAUUUUUGAUUGGAUUAGAGUAGUUAGUAUUUUGUGAAUAUCGGAUUAGAACAGUGUGUGUGUGUGUGUGUGUGUGUGUGUGGAGGAACGUUGCUUAACACUGCGCAAAAGAUAGGAUAUAACGCAAAAAAUGUUGAUAGAGAUAUUGUAGAUUAUUAAUUUAUAGUGAGGUCCACGUUAUAAUGGCAGUGUUUGAUUAGCAAUGGUACUUUACAAAAAAUCUGAAUAGGAAAAGUUAGGGAAUGUUUUGUCAAAUAUUGUGAAGAGAAAGUACAGUAGAAAAGUAGAAAAAAGAGUGUGAGCAACUUAUAUUUGCUGAUUAUAUUACUCUACUACUGCCUCUACUAUGCAAAGGAAAAUGAUAAGAAGACGUGGAGAAGAGUAAAUGUAAGGGUUUUGACGAUAAAAACGUUCAAAAAGGAGGAUAAGAGAAUCAGAUAUAAGUGGACGGAAUAACGUUGAUAAACAUUAAACGAAGAGAAAAUUUGAUACAAGAAUGUGGUUGAGGAAUAGGAUGCUUCAAUUUGUGUUGGAAUUGUGUGCGAUUGUUUUAUGUUUAUGGAAAGUGGAAGCUGUCACUUUAAAGCAGGCUCCAGACAAAUGGGUGGUACCAAAAUGCUGCCCCCUGGGUUUCACCCUGAGCGAACAGAACCCCUCCUCGUGUGUGCCCACCCCCCUCAUGCUGGAGCCCGAAUAUUGGGGGGCUGACACCCUCCACCCCAACGACACCCAGGUUGACGUCCUAAUCGGCAAUCCCUGUCCUUAUGGCAAGUACCGCCUGGAGCCGCACAAGGACAGUCUGGACGAGUUCGUGGUUCUGCCCAAUGGCUCCCUCCUGGUGCCCUUUCAGACUCCACCCCUGCUCCAGAUCACCGACUACUGCCUGGAUCUGUUCGAAACGCCCAGUGGGCCGGUCGCCUUGCCUCUCAUCUGCUUCUCGUCCUCAGAUGAGCAGUCGCCCGAUUUCUGGAAAAAGCUGGCGUUGACGGUCUACCCGAUGGGCCUCCUUCUGUCAGUGCCAUUCCUACUGGUGACUCUGCUGAUCUACGCUCUCAUUCCAGAGCUGCGAGACACGAGGGGCAAAUCGCUGUGUUGCCACAUCUCCUGUCUCAUUCUAGCCUACAUUGCUCUGGCCACUGUGCAACUGGGGGGACCUAGUCUAUCUGAGAACAUGUGUGUCAUGAUAGCUUUCCUUAUUCAAUUCUCAUUCCUGGCCUGCUUCUUUUGGUUGAAUGUUCUCUGUUUUGACACCUGGUGGAGAGUGACAUCACCAUUCACGUAUUCCAACCAGAAAAUAGAGCUGAAGAAGAUGUUAUGGUAUUCAUUGUAUGCCUGGUGCUGUCCUCUCUUAGUGCUUCUUUCAACAGUUUUGAUGGAAUUGACGCCGUUCAUACCUCCAUCCUACCUAAAGCCCAACUUUGCUUACAACUGUUGGUUCAGUAAUGACUUGGCAGCCCUCGGUUACUUCUAUGGACCAAUGGGAUUCAUUCUUAUAUCAAACAUGGUGUUCUUCCUGCUAAGUGCAAGACGUCUAUGUAAGCCCAUACAUUUCUAUGCGGAUACCAAGGCUGAGGCACCAGUUAGUCAGAAGACAGCUUUGCAACGUAGGCUGGACAUGUUUAAACAAUGUGCGUUUCUAUUCGUUGUAAUGGGAGUCAAUUGGUUUGCUGAGCUUAUUUCCUGGGCUCUGGGAGGACCAAGUCAGGUUUGGUUUGUAACAGACGUCCUCAACACCCUGCAAGGAGUAAUAAUAUUCAUAAUAUUUGUGCUCUAUGUACCAAGGGCUAAACGCCUAGCCAUGCAAUUCAUUACCUCACACUUUUGUCAGUCUGAAUGAAGUGGCUUUAAAUCUAACGAUCCAAAUAAAAUACAAAUAAAUACAGAUAUCAAAAUCAA